UACAUUAAGAUUUAGGGGUCGAGUCAAGUUAGUACAUGUUAGUGUUUCAUAAAGACCGCACCUUUAAAAUGUUUAAAAAUAUAUUUUUAAGUUUAUUAGUGCUACAUACGUGUAAUUUAGUAUAUAGUGAACGAAAUUGCAACGAUUGUCAACUUUACCACACAUGCAAAGCAGCAUUUGAUCAUGCUCGGUUCAAGCAAGACGACAAAACAAGACAGCUAUUUGAGAAAGCUAUGUGUGGAACAGAAACGGAAGAUGGUCAAACCGUAUUUAAGGUAUGCUGUUCAGACUUUCCCAGCUUAAAUACAAGACCAAAUCCAACUUCUCCGGUCAAAGAAUUAGAAAGUAGAUUUGCAAAAUCGAAUAAAGAAAACUUGUUGCCGGAUAAAUGCGGCAGCAUUUUGGGAAAUCGAAUUUUUGGAGGCAGAACAGCUAAACUAUACGAAUUUCCAUGGAUGGUACUGAUCGCUUAUAAAACACGCGAAGGUCCCCAAUUUCAAUGUGGUGGAACUAUCAUUAACUCCAAAUAUAUUCUGACAGCGGCUCAUUGUGUCGUUGAUAAGAAAAUCGAAGGUGUCAGAAUAGGAGAGUACGACAUAAAUACGGACAGAGACUGCGAAUAUGAACCGGAUAAAGUUAUCUGUGAAGAUCAUAUUCAGGAUAUGUUUGUCAAAGAAAAAAUACCACAUGAAAAUUACCAAAGCUUGCCAACCUCGAAUGACAUCGCGUUGUUGCGAGUAGACGGCGAGAUCCUCUUAAACUACACAAACGUGGAACCGAUCUGUCUACCACUAUCAUCUUCACUACGUAGCAAAAGUCUAGAAAACAAAAACGGCACAGUAGCUGGAUGGGGUUACACUGAAACUGGUAGAGAAUCUGCAAUAUUGUUGACAGUCGAAGUUCCUGUGAAAACUGACGCUGAGUGUAAAGGCUACUACAACAGAAAUAACCGGGAUGCCGUUAAGAAACAGUUCUGCGCAGGAGAACUAAAAAAGGAUUCUUGUAAUGGUGAUUCCGGAGGACCUCUUAUGAUGAAAGCUAACUACAAUGAUGUUAAUAGUUACGUCCAGUAUGGGAUCGUGUCGCACGGUCCAACGCAAUGUGGAUCGUCGUUCCCAGGCGUCUACACAGAUGUCAGAGAAUACGUCGAUUGGAUAUUAGAUAAUAUUAAAGAAUAAUUUAAUUAGCGUAAUGCAAUAAAUAUUUAUAUCAAUUGCAAUAAAUAGCAAAGUAAUAGUGGUGGUUUUGAUGUUAAACGGUAACUGUUUUAUAGCUCUUAGCGGUCAUGUAAAAAAAUAUUGUAUUUUAACGAUGUAUUUUUGAAAAGUAAGAGCCUUAAAAUAAUACUCAUAUAGAUGUUUGAAAGGUGAUUUGUACUUAUCUUUUUUAUGUGAAAAAAAUUCAUUGCAUUAUCAAAGUAUAAUUUCAAUACAGUGUUACGAUGAAAUCCAUAUUUUUUACAAUACGUAAAUCAGACUCCUAAACGAAUUUAAGCUUUUUGGUGUAAAUUUUGUAUUUAAUAAUUUCCUUAACAGCAAAGAAUAUUCAAAAAUAUAUAAACAAAUAGUACAUACCGCUAGAAUAAAACUAAAAAAAGUAGGAAAAGAAAUCAAAAUAAAUAGAGGUGUACGUCAAGACCCCCUAUCACCUAAAUUAUUCACAGCUGUACUAGAAGAAAUCUUCAGAGAAUUAAAAUGGGAUGGGUACGGACUAAACAUCAACGGGGAACAACUAACACAUCUACGAUUCGCCGAUGACAUCAUACUAUUUGCUACAAACAAAGAGCAUCGAAUCAAGAAUUAUGAUUACAGACCUGGAGAGGAAAAGCCGCAAGGUAGGGCUAACAAUGAACACCUCCAAAACUAAAGCCAUGACGAAUGCAUCAGAAGAUAUUAUUAUAGUAAAUGGAGAGUCAAUUGAUUAUGUGAAAGAGUACACACACCUGGGCCAACAGAUCUCAAUUACUGAUAUAAUGUCGAAGGAGAUUGAUACAAGAAUUGGGAAAGCAUGGAAAUGUUACUGGGGGCUUAGCGAAAUCAUGAAAAACACAGAAAUAAAAAU